UAUGGAUACUUGCUCAUGGCACUGCCUCCCUGAUCACAGAGAAACCCUACUGUCCAUUGGUCUCCAGCCUUGGUACUGAAUUCUACUUAGUCCUAACUGAUUCCAGGAGUUAUAAUGGAGAAGUGCACCAAAUCACCAUCUACCUUGCAAGGAGAGUCUUCCUUUCUUCAGGCAGAGAAUUUGAUUCUGCAACCACAAAUGCCACAUCUAAGCAAGGAGAAUCCUACUUUGAAGGGCCAAAUUACACCUGCCCUGGCCACCUCAGUGAUGUCUAUACCCUGCUCACUUGAGCAUCUCACUCAGUUUCAUGAUGACCCUGCCAGACUUUCAGAGCUUCUUGCUCAGAUGACUACGUAUUUGACAGAUCUCCAGAUCCCUAAUCCUACAGAUAAUGGCCAGGUCAAGCACUUUUUUGACUACCUAUCUCAGGAAAUGGAAAAUUGUGGUGUUAUAUCUGGGUCAGAUAAGAGAACUCUGCUGAAGCAAUAUGAGAACUUAGUUCUUGAAUUCCAGCAGUCAUUUGGUGAACCCAUAAAGCAGGAAACGAACCCUCUGCUGAAUGCUAAGGUAAACAAAGGGUACAACUCUUCUCAACAGGACUUUACUACUUUCCAGCUCCUUGCUCAAAAUCUGAAUUGUAAUGAAGCCAAUCAGAGUGAUCAAUUCCAAGAGGGACUAGCUGACCCCAUCCAAAAUGAAGAGAGUAUAAUGGAUAUGACGGACAACCUCCCAGAUCUGAUCACUCAGUGUAUUCAGUUGGAAAAGAAACGUAGUGACAGGCCAGAGCUCCUACAGUCAGAGACUCAGCUCCCAAUGUUGGCUCCCCUUAUCCAUUACCAAGCCCUCUCCAGCUGCACAGGUCUGCCACCUAAGGAAAAACCUAUACAGCUUCGGGGAUGUCAGCCACCUCUAACCCCAGCCAAACGAGCUCACCAGCAAGAAACUCAGUUGUGCUUGUACUGCAGCCAGGCUGGUCACUUCACAAGAGAUUGCCUUGCCAAACGUUCUCGAGCCUUAGCAAAGAUAAAUAACACAGCCUACCAAUAAGAGGCUCAAGAAGGUCACUUUAUAAACUUAUAUUCCUCUCACCCCCAGCCUUACUGAUUAAUAUCCUGCACUGACAUUACAAAUAUGGAUGGGGAACUGUAAUACCAAUUCACAAUAAUGAAGUAAUGUGCUUCUGGGAAUUUAAACAACCAUACUUUCUUACUGGAAACUGACCUUUCACCAAACCUUAUCCAAUGAUAAUGAAAACAAUCCAUGGGCACGUUCUACAGUUGGGAUAAAUUCUGCAACAGUACUGAAAGCCUGCAGGCAAAGCUCUGCCCAGUUUAACCAAUGAAAAUAACCCUGGCAUUGCACUGAAAAUGCCAUCUCUACCAGUGAGUGAGAUGUGAGUUGAGUUUUUUGGACCAAAUCUUGUAUCUUCUGUGCCUAGAAUUGAGAUCAAGCCUUUCACCCUCACCCUCAUUGCUCUAUAUUCUAGUUCUCUGUUAGUUUAGGGCCUUUGGCCAAUGUCUUAAUUGCAUGCAAAUCCUGCCAAUAUUCUCUCCUUAGAGGCUGGUUCCUGUAUCACCUUUUGACUGAUGUCUUCCUCUGAUUAUGUUGUUAUAACAGAAUAACUGAGACUGGGCGAUUUAUAAAGAAAUGUGGAUUUGGCUCAUGAUUCUGGUGACUAGAAAGUCCCAGAGCAUGGGGCUGGCAUCUGACCAACCUUUUGGUGUUGCGUCACAAUAUGGCUAAGAGAAGAAGAAAGGCAAGCGGGUAUAUGCAGAAAGAGUCCUGUGGGUAGCUUGCUUGCUAUUAUAACAACCCACUUUUGCAGGAACUAACCUGGGAUAACUGAGAUGGCCUCAAUCUAUUCAGUAGGGACCUGCCUCUAGGUCUCAAUUGCUUCUCACUAGAUCCCACCUUUCAACACUGGUGCA